CAUUUUUUAUGUCAAUUCAUUUCUUUUUAAAUUAAACACUCUAUAUAUGGAAAUGGUAUUCGAUUCCAUGACAGUCCGAUAGAGUCCGAUAGAGUACGAAAACGAUCAACGAAGGAAGAAUUUCACUGUAACUUUCUUAAUCAUAAUAUAUGAGCUAGCCCAUUGGGCUUUCUCAACCUAGAAGUGCAAAGAGAUGUCGAUUCGGACAGCAGUCCAUCGUUUUAUACAAAAUGGUCGGGCUCUACUGCAUUCCUUUAGAAAUACUGAGUGCUUCUACUCUAAUUAUCAACUACGAAACUAUCACGACAAGAUACACGUUGUACAAGUAGGUAAGUCCCAGGGCUGUCUGCCCCCGGGUAAUAGCAAUGUAUCAAGCACAGGAAAACAUCUUGGAUAUUUGGGAGCUCAUGCUCGACGAAUCUUUGUAGAUAAUAUUUUAAAACGAGUAACUAAUAGUUUAGCUGCAGAUUUACGUAGACGAGCUGCUAGUAAAUUAGUCUUUGGUGGAGAUUCUGCUCCAUUUUUUGCUUUAGUUGGUAUAUCAUUGGCAUCUGGUACUGGUAUUUUAACAAAAGAUGAUGAAUUGGAAGGAGUAUGUUGGGAAAUACGGGAAGCUAUAUCAAAAUUGCAGUGGAAUGCACCACAAAAUGAUAAGAAUUAUGAAAUAAUUAAAAAUGAAGAAAAAAUUACUUUAAAGGAUUUCAUAAUUGGUCCAAUUAUUGCAAAAGGAUGUUCAGCAGUUGUUUAUUCAGCAAGAUUUAAUGAUAUUCCUAAUGGUGAAAAUCAAAAUCAAAUAAAAAUUGAUGACAAAACUGAAGAUUUAACUGUAUUUCCAUUAGCAUUAAAGAUGAUGUUCAACUAUGAUGCUGAAUCAAAUGCAUUAUCAAUUCUAAGAUCUAUGUAUCGGGAAACUGUUCCAGCAAGAAGACAUUUAAAUAACGAAGAAUUAUCUGAAUGGGAAAUAAAAAUGACUGAAAAAAAAAUUAAGCUUACACCACAUCCAAAUAUCGUAGCAAUGUAUUACGUUUUUGCGGAUAAGGUACCAGUUUUACCAGAUUCAUGGAAAAUGUAUCCCGAUGCAUUACCUGCAUGCAUUAAUCCUCAUGGUUCAGGAAGAAACAUGAGCUUAUUUCUGCUAAUGAAAAGAUAUGACAUUACAUUGAAACAAUAUUUGAAUGAUCAUAAAUUGAGCACAAGAGAAUCGAUAUUAUUGUUGGCUCAAUUAUUAGAGGGUGUGACUCAUUUGAAUGUACACGGCAUUGCACAUCGUGACCUCAAGAGUGAUAAUAUUCUGUUAGAUUUGUCAGAAGAAACAGACAACUGCCCAUCUUUGGUAAUCACAGAUUUUGGAUGUUGUUUAGCAGACAAACGUCAUGGUUUAUAUCUGCCUUACAAUACUCAUGAUAUUGAUAAAGGCGGUAAUGUAGCUUUAAUGGCGCCAGAAAUAAUUACAGCAGAACCUGGUCCAUUUACCAGUAUCAAUUAUUCAAAAGCUGAUCUUUGGACAAUUGGAACUAUAGCAUAUGAAUUAUUUGGUAUGAAAAAUCCGUUCCAUAAUGACAAAGAAGGAACUUCUCUUAAAAAUUAUAAUUAUAAUGAGAAAGAUCUCCUACCUUUGCCUAAUCAUAUACCAAUAAUUAUUUCUGCAUUGAUAAAAAAUUUAUUGUCGAGAAGCUUAUAUAAGAGACUUGAUACAGAAACCGCAGCAACUGUUGUACAAUUACACUUAUGGGCACCGAGCAUUUGGUUCAAAAGUGAAUGGAAAUUACCAUCAACUAAUGAAGUAUUUAUGUUCUUUAUUUUCAAAUUUAAACAAUUUUCAUUUUACUUUAUUUUUUUAUAUUUUUUACAGGUUAUGCAGUGGCUUCUAUGUUUAACUACAAAAGUACUUUGCGAAGGACGUAAUUCCACGAUACUAUCAGAAAUAGUGCAAGAUAAAAAUAUUCAAAAAAUUGAAAAAAAAAAUUCUUACAAUAGAUUACUUUCUACUAGAUAUUGUGGAAGACGUACUAUGCCCGAAUAUCAAUUAAUCGCUAGUUUUCUUGGUAGAGUUACGCUUAGCAACAUUAGAACUGCAUUAAAAUGGAUUCAGCAGAAUAUAUAAUAUAUUUUACAAUAAAAAAAAAAAAUAAAUAAAAUAAAGAAAGUAUUUAUGUCUUGCAUAUCGAGAAAUAAAAUAUAUUCUAUUAUUUAUCGGCAUAAAAAAAAGAAGAUUAUUGAAAUAUUUUUGUAUAUUCGAUUUUACCAUAUAUUAUCGUUAAUAUUCUUCAGUUGUUUUUUCUUAUAUUAAUUUAUUUUUGAUACUCUGAGAAAUACAAAAAAAUCAUAUUUCUAAUUGCAGAUUAUAUGAUUUUUAGCUGUGAUUUUUUUGUGAUUCAUAUAACUUGUAAUUAAAUAAAAAUAUUGAAAACAUUAUAAAAAGUAUUAUAAAACAUAUGUAUCUUUAACAAUUUUAUUCCAUUCAAUAUAUUUACCAAAAAUAUUUAUAUUAACAAAGUAAUUCAUUAUUUAUGUGAAAGUACAAUUUUUCAUUUUAAAAUGUUUAUUACAGAAAAUGCUUGAAAGUUUACUACAUAAUACCUAAAUUCUAUUAAUAUAUGAUGAUUUUCAAAUAAGUUUCAUACAAAAUCAGAAUAAUAUUAUUUUUUAAAUUCCAAAAUUCCAUGCAAAAUAAGAUAAUGAGAGAAUCAAAAUCAAGAUAUAAAAAUUUUUUUAAAUAAAGAUUUUCAAUUAACCAAUUCAAUUUAAUAUUUAAAUAUAUUUAGAUAAUAGAUGGAAAUUUCAAUAUUGUAAACUAUUAUUAAAAAAUAAAAUUCAUAUAUAAUAUUUGCAAACAUAUAA